UCGAAAAACGAGAUGAAAGUAUUUACUUUUAUCAGUAAAUAGAAUUUACAAGUGCUGUAUAGUACUGUUAUAUAUUUCUCGCUUCAAAUACCACACCCUUGAAUUGAGCGAAAGUAGACACAUUUAAGUGUUUUUGUAAGUUAAUUUGUUAGCUCGUUAUAAGUUAGAUUAUCAUUAUUGUUAGAUCGUAAUAAGGUUUUAGGGAAUUCACAGUAAAUUUUUACGUUACUAGCGAAAGGGAACCCAAUCAUGGAAGAAAUCAGAAAACUGAUACAAGGUGAUAUCAAUGCCAAAGAUGAAAAAGGAUUGACACCGCUUUUACACUUAGCAAAAAGCGAAAAGAUAAGUGAUAAUUUGGUAAAAAUAUUUAGUCUUUUGAUCCAACACGGAGCCAACGUCAAUUCACUUGACAGCAACGGCGAAAAUGCUCUCCUGUUGUGGUGCAAAAAUCGUAGACAAUAUCAAAACAAAAGCUUUUUGGCAAUCCUCAAUCUCUUCGUUAAAAAUGGGAUCGAUGUCAAUUGCAAAGACAUAUACGGAUAUAAUGCUCUCGACUUAUUAUGCGCAUUUUAUAAAAAAGAAAAUUUGAUUGACAUCGCUCGACUUUUCAUUGCAAAUGGCAUCGAUAUCAAUUUCAAAACCAAUAACGGAGAAAAUGCUCUCACCUUAUUGUGCAAAUAUUAUAAAAACGAAAAUUUAAUUGACAUUAUUCGACUUUUCAUCGAAAAUGGGAUCGAUAUCAAUUGCAAAAACAGAUACGGAGAUAAUGCUGUCACUACAUUGUGCCAAUUUUACAAAAACGAAAAUUUAAUUGACGUUAUAACAUUUUUAAUCGAAAAUGGGAUCGACAUCAAUUGCAAAAACAAAUUCGGAGAAAAUGCUAUCACUCACUUGUGCCACUAUUAUCAAAACGAUAAUGCGAUCGAAAUAAUUCAACUUUUCAUUGAAAAUGGGAUCGAUAUCAAUUUCAAAACCAACAACGGAGAUAAUGCUCUCACUACAUUGUGCCAAUUUUACAAAAACGAAAAUUUAAUUGACGUUAUAACAUUUUUAAUCGAAAAUGGGAUCGAUAUCAAUUGCAAAAACAAACCCGGAUAUAAUGCUCUCAUUUACUUGUGCAGGAAUUAUCAACAAGAAAAUUUAAUUGACAUCACUCGACUUUUCAUUGAAAAAAGGAUCGAUGUCAAUUGCACAACCAACAACGGAAAUAAUGCUCUCACUUUAUUGUGCGAAAAUUAUGAAAACAAAAAUGUAAUUGACGUUAUAGCAUUAUUAAUCAAAAGUGGAUUCAAAGUGACUGAAAAAACGCACGACUACUUCCAGAAAAAUUAUAAAGAAACAAAUCGCACCGAAGUCUUGCAAUUACUUCAUGUUUAA